UUUAGAUAUAUAAAUUUAAUAAGAAAUUAUGAAAAAUGGUUUAUAAAGUUAAUAAAGUUAAACAUGAUUCAGAAAAGGCAAAACGUAUUCAUGAAUAUUCAUAUAAGGGAAAACUUGAAAAGAAUAGGAAAAAAAACAUAUAUAUAGCUCGAUUGAAGAAAAAAUAUCAUCGUUGCUUAAAAGAAUAUGAGCAAAAAGGCUUAAAGAAUGAUAAUUUAUCUAAGAAUUAUUGUUUAUAUCCUUCUGAUACAACUGAAUGUAUUUUUUCAGAAGAUCAAAUAAAUAAUAAGGAAGAUGAAAAUAAUAUAUCUUCCAAUGAAAAACAAAAAAAAAUACAUAAUAAAGAGAAAAAAAUAGAUGUUCAAGAAGAGAAAAAAUUACGUAUUAAAAACCGUUUAAAAAAAUAUAAAAUAAUGACACAAGUAACAAAAAAAGGGCAGCCGAAACUUGAUAAAAGAAUUAACUUACUUUUGGAAAAAAUAAAGAAUACAGUUUAAUAAUAUUUAAAAUGUUUUAAAAGGU